AUGGAUGCGAAAAUUGGAGAAGGAGCUUUUGGCGAAGUAUGGAAAGGGACAAUGAAGCAUUUCACAACAUUCGUCGAAGUUGCUAUUAAAGUUACAAAAGUUAAGGAAGAGAAUAAAGCUUUAAUGCAAGAAAUGCACAAAGAAGCACGAUUGAUGCGACAAUACAAGCAUUUGAAUAUUGUCGCAUUCUACGGCAUGGUCAUCGAUAACGACAGUGCGAUGAUUGUGAUGGAAAUGGUCACAGGAGGUGGACUUGAUCACUUUCUCAAAAACAACUCUGUCAGCUGUCCGGAUCGUUGUUCUUAUGCUUUUGAUGUGUCACUCGGUUUAUACUACCUUCACAGUAAGCGCUGCAUGCAUCGUGAUAUAGCAUGCAGGAAUUGUUUAAUUGAUAAUCAGCGGAAUAUUGUUAAAAUAUCUGAUUUCGGUCUGUCAAAGCAGGCAGACAAAUAUAAAAUACAAGGCUUCGAAAAGAUACCUGUUAAAUGGCAAGCUCCAGAAGUGGUGGCCACAAUGGUUUAUACAAAGGAAUGUGAUGUUUACUCGUAUGGAAUUCUUGUUUGGGAGAUAUUCAAUAACGCCAGGCAACCGUUUGAGGAGUUCUCCAAUAAGACCGUCCGACGUCGUGUCUGUUAUUUCCCCUACUGGUCAUUAUAUUUUCACGGAAAACCGUUCCUCAUAAAGUCCGAGUUACAGUUAUGCGAGCCAAACUUUCGUCCACCGUUGUCACCGGAUAUGCCGGAAGAAAUUCGAAUAAUUGUUGCUGCUUGUUGGUCCGCAAACCCAGAACAGCGACCGGUCAUGAAGGAUGUGGCAUGGAUUCUCAAGAAAUUCAUCAGACACGGUGUACCUGGAGAAGCUUAUAGGCCACCAAUGCCAGGUCGUAAAACGGAUGGAAGUAAACGAUCAGCGAGGGAUAAGUCAUCCAAGAGCAGAAUGGACUCAAAGAGACUAAAGUCGGAUUUGAAAAAGGUUUGUUAUUGGCAAUCAUAUUCGCAAGCAUAA